GAAAAUGUCACCGUUGUUUGGUUGGCGUGGGCCCGUCCAGGAGGUGGCAGUAGCAGACAUGAAGAAGGUUGUCAAAAACAAAAAACACGAAGAAGUCAAAUGCGCAUGCGCAUUACGUAUCUACAUUUGCGUGUUCCUGACGUUGUGGAGUUGAUAAUCAGGAAGGAUCUGUUUGGAGUUACUGUCCAGUUUUGACUGGAUACUCAGGUGUAGGUGUGUCUGCGUGAUCGCGUCCAUCACCUUGCAAAGAUGGAUUUCCAGCAUCGAGCUGGAGGGAAGACAGGGAGCGGUGGAGUGGCAUCUGCCUCUGAAAGUAACCGAGACAGGCGAGAACGGUUACGUCAGCUGGCCCUGGAGACCAUUGACAUCAACAAAGACCCCUAUUUUAUGAAGAAUCACUUAGGAUCAUACGAGUGCAAACUUUGUCUGACACUUCACAACAAUGAGGGCAGCUACCUGGCUCACACACAAGGAAAGAAACAUCAGACCAACUUAGCACGGAGAGCAGCUAAAGAAGCAAAAGAAGCUCCUGCUCAACCAGCACCAGCAAAAGUUAAAGUUGAAGUCAAGAAGUUUGUCAAAAUUGGUCGACCAGGAUACAAAGUGACCAAACAGAGAGAUCCAGAGACUGGACAGCAGUCUUUACUUUUCCAGAUUGACUAUCCAGAGGUUGCUGAAGGAAUUGGACCCAGACACCGUUUCAUGUCUGCUUAUGAACAGCGUAUUGAGCCCCCUGAUCGUCGUUGGCAGUACCUGCUGUUGGCUGCUGAACCAUACGAGACUAUAGCCUUCAAGGUCCCCAGUAGAGAAAUUGAUAAAGCAGAAAACCGCUUCUGGACCCACUGGAACAGAGAAACUAAACAGUUCUUCCUACAGUUCCACUUCAAAAUGGAAAAAGCUGUUUCCCAGUCCAGUGGUCCACCACCUCCUGCCAGUGUGAAGCGCCCCCCUCCUCUGAUGAGUGGUGUUGGACCUCGCCCACCAAAUGACAGUCUCCCUCCUCCCCCACCUGGAGGGAUGCCUGUCCCUCCCCUCCCACCUGGUGCACCAGGUGCCCCCCAGAUGCCUCCUCAGAUGCCCAUGCCUCCCAUGCCAAUGAGGCCGCCCCCUCCAGAGGGCCUUGCAAUGUCUAAUAAUUGAUCCCCUACUAGGAUUUUAGGAUUACGCUCUGUCAUUGUGUGCAAUCACACUGCCCUGCGUGUCAGCCACAGUGUCAAGGUCCCUUUGGAUAUUGCAGGUAUAUUCAGUUGAAUUAUUUCUACAAAUGUUUAAAGUCCACAUUUAAUAGAUUUUUACACAUCUGUUUGAUUUAUGUAAAUGUGCAGGGCAGUGUGUUAUUGCAUGAGCAUAAAUAUGACCACACUCUUUUGUAUUACAAUCUAGGUUCUGGAUAUGGAGCUGUGGUUGGUAGCUCAUCCUUUAAGAUGUUUUUGUAAUUAAAUACUGUCGAGAAACAGGAAACAUUUGUGUCCUUGAGUCUGCACUCCUCCAUAGACAUCACACAGAACGAUUUAUUGAACCAGCCAUCUGAGCUCAAGGUUGCUGAUCAGGAUAAAAGCUUUACUUCAGAGAUGUGCCUUUAACUAGGCUCUCUGAAGCAGCUUUUAAACAAUGAAACACGCUAAAUUGGACAAAAUAUUGAUAAUGCUCAGUCUUGAUCUUAGGUUUGCAGUGUUAUGUCACUGUUGACAUUUAACCAGGCUUGACUGGACACAGUUUAUUUGAUGUUGUCUCUAUUUAAGCACCAAAAAUGAUCACAUGAACAUUUUAAAUAAAGAAGUCAACACAUUAAAUUUAAUUAAACUAAUUAUCCUCACACGUAAUUCAAAGUUCCAUCACACAUGAAUCACAUCUGAUCAGGAGAGCAACACAAUGCUGCUGAUUAUGUUCUGCCAUGUAGCUGUAAGCACAUGCUGAGACUCAUGAUUUUUUUUUAGUUUGAUGGACAAAAUUAUGAUUUUGAAUAGAUGUUACCAAAAUACUUCAACUGAAGAAUGUUUAGAAAAUGAAUUCUAUAAAAUCAGCCUCAGUAGAAAGAGUCCACUCAUCCUUUUUGAGUCUUUUUCUGAUCUUUCUUUCCCUCUGACUUCCUAGUUUUCUUAGGAACUGUGUCCUCUACUUCAUCCUCAUCCUCAUCUUCAUCUGCUUCUUCAGGGUCUUCCUUUUUAGCUCUCUCUUUGACUUCUUCAUCCCUGGCCUUCUUGGCUCUCCUGUCCUUUAGUUUCCCGUCUCUUCGCUUCAUGAGUUUUUUGUCUGGCAAUGGCUUGUUUCUGAGACGGCUUGAUGAUUGUGCUCCUCUCUUUGAUUUUGCUUUUUUGACCCCUCCGUCAUUCUCAUCCUCUUCAUCUUCAUCGUCUUCAUCAUCGAGGUCUGGCAGCCACCAAAACAGGACUUCCCACAAAGAUGUCUCAGGCUACAGAGGGGACAAUAGUGAUCAAAAGUGUGGGGGAAAAAAAAUCAGCUGUUUGUCAUAUAAUUGGUUGAGUGUAAAAUAAACCUCUGAUGGUUGCCCUCUG